AGUUGUCCAGGCACUUUAAAAACGACAUUGACCGUUGUUAUGGUCCUGCUUUCAACGAGUGUGCGCAGACACAAUGACGAUAGUGAUUGGUUUUGAAGGCAGUGCUAAUAAGAUCGGCAUUGGUAUUAUUAAAGAUGGAGAAGUGCUGUCAAACCCAAGACGAACUUACAUCACCCCACCUGGACAAGGGUUCCUACCGGGCGAAACUGCCAAACACCAUCGCAGUGUGAUCCUCACGGUCCUCCAGGAGGCUCUCGAUGAAGCAGGCCUGAAAGCUGCAGAUAUUGAUUGUGUCGCGUACACAAAAGGGCCUGGAAUGGGGGCUCCGCUGGUGACAGUAGCCAUUGUGGCCAGGACAGUCGCCCAACUGUGGGGCAAGCCGCUGUUGGGAGUCAACCACUGUAUUGGGCACAUAGAGAUGGGCCGAUUGAUCACCAAUGCCCAAAACCCCACUGUACUGUAUGUGAGCGGAGGAAACACUCAGGUCAUUGCAUAUUCUGAACGACGUUACAGAAUAUUUGGAGAAACUAUCGACAUUGCUGUGGGAAACUGCUUGGAUCGGUUUGCCCGGGUCAUUAAGAUAUCAAAUGAUCCCAGUCCCGGAUACAACAUUGAACAGAUGGCAAAAAAGGGCAACAAGUAUAUCGAGCUGCCAUACACAGUCAAGGGGAUGGAUGUGUCAUUUUCUGGGAUUUUGUCCUAUAUCGAGGACGCCGCUCACAAAAUGUUGAGUACAGAUCAGUGCACGCCUGAGGAUUUGUGUUUCUCCCUUCAAGAGACUGUGUUCGCUAUGCUGGUGGAGAUCACAGAAAGAGCCAUGGCCCACUGCGGCUCUCAGGAGGUCCUGAUUGUCGGUGGAGUCGGCUGUAAUCUCCGCCUGCAGGAGAUGAUGGGGGUCAUGUGUAAAGAACGAGGCGCUCGAAUUUUUGCCACAGAUGAGAGCUUUUGUAUCGACAACGGAGCCAUGAUUGCACAGGCCGGUUGGGAAAUGUUCCGCUCUGGUCACGUGACCGAGCUUCCAGACUCCUGGAUUACACAAAGGUACAGGACAGAUGAAGUGGAGGUCACAUGGCGAGACUGAUGUGUGCAGUGCCUGAUGUUUACCAAUUUAAAUGUCAUUAAUCAUGCUCUAAAUGUCACAUUGCAGUCAAUAAAUUCUGUUAUUCAUCUUUA